UGCAAAUUGGAAACAACAAGGACCGUUAGUAUAAUUAAAGACCUUGGACCAAAUUUCCCCACGCAGCGCUCUCUCUCUCUCUCUCUCUCUCUCUCUCUCUCUCACACACACACACAGAGUAAUCGGCGAAAAAGACUCCGGCAGACGGCAGCUCGGCUGUUGCAAACUUCAUAUAGAGAACGAUGAAUUGGAGUGCAAUCAAGACCACUCUUCCUACUACACCUUUUUUCGCAAGCUUUAAUCUUUGGGAUACGAAUAGGCAGCUCCCCAAAAUUCGACACACCAGACCAUGGGAAAAGCAGAUGCUGUCACUUGGAUUUGGAAGCAGUAGCAACAAUAAAGGAACAAGAAAGAGGGGUACUACAACUAGUACUGAUAGUUGUAUAAGAAUAACGAUGAAGGACAGGAGCAAGAACCGAAAGCCUCUCCAGAGAGGAAGGAAUCUCAGCAUCGAAGCUAUCCAAACCAUUCAGGCUCUGAAGCGAGCAGCAGCAGCAGCAGCCCAAGACCGUCCCUGCAGCGAGUCUCUGUCUCUGGACGUGGUGUUUUCUUCCAAGUUUACAAGGUUACUCAAAUUAGAUAUGAUGGCCGUUCUUCAUGAACUUCUCCGCCAAAACGAAUGCCUUUUGGCCCUCAAGGUUUUCAAGGUUGUUCAGAACGAGCAUUGGUAUAAACCUCAAAUCUCACUAUAUGGGGAAAUUAUAUCAGUUCUGGGAAGCAAUGAGUUGUAUGAAAAGGUAGAUCUUCUGUUCACGGAAUUGAAGACAGAAACUGGUAUGGAGCAUGAUAUUGAGGGAUUCAAUGUGCUGCUAGAGAAUUUGAUGAGUUUUGACAUGAUAGAACUGGCAAUGGAGUGCUUUUUCUUGAUGAAAUCACUUGGAUGUGAGCCAGAUAAGUCAUCCUUCAGAAUAUUGAUUAAUGGUUUAGAAUCCAAAGGAGAAACUGGUUUGUUAGCUAUUGUGAGGCAGGAAGCUGAGAAAUAUUAUGGUGAACAUCUUGCAUUCUUAGAGAAGGAAGAGCUAGUAGGAAGCUAAAACUUGAAUCCAUUGCAUGAAUCAGUCUUACCAUGUUACGGAAGGGCAAGAUGUUAUCACCACUAAUCCUUCUAAAAGGCAAUUGGACUACGCAAAUGUAGCAAUGGAAAUUGAGCAGGCGGUUUUUGUGCAUAUGGAAACUUUGGCAAGAGGAUGCGGAAUGGCCCGAACUAGCUCUGGCCUUUGGUUUUAAUUCAUCAAAAGGGACAUAAGAAAUAAAUGGCUGAUAAAAGCAUACUACACCCACUGAUGUGGUACAAGCUGGCUAUGUUGUCUACUGUUCAGUUUGAUGCUUUUGGUAAGCUGUUAUUAUGGCUGUAGUUGUCUCUGUAGCAGCCAAGCAGUUUGAUAAAUCAGCUUACCUUUGAGAAAAAACAAGGGAAAAUUCUCUACAUUGUUUGGUCUCUUGAUGGAAAUAGGUUGCAAAACAUUAUUUACCACACUCUUAUUUACCACACUCAUAGAGUGAACAUUCAGAAAUGGCAGUAUAUCAUUGCUCUUAUCAUUUUAUAAUCAUUUACCAGUUGGGUAUCCACAUUUUGAA